AUGCCUGGGGUCGAGCCGCAAAGGCGCUUUCCAUCACCACCACCAUCGUCAGCAGCAGAACUGCCCAUGGCCUAUGGAGGCUCAUGGGCAGGUGAGGCGACUGAGCAGGUGACCACACGAGAUGCUUGCGCCAAUGAUGGCAGUGUGGCCACCAGUGCUGCCGGUGCUGCAGUACGAGGUCUUCCUCAGGACGGCGGCUGGGAACAGCCGAAGCAGCAGCGGCCGCCACGGCAAGUCAAUACGACUGCGGCGGGCUUCAACAAUCCCUCGAUGCACCCAGCACCACCAAUAGACGGGGAUGGUCCCAAUGCUUGGGUCACUAAAGACGCCUUGAUGUUUCUGAAAGCCCGGCAAGCCUUCGGUCCUUUGGCUCAACCUGACCAGGUGAUAGCGCAAGCCUCCACGGAUAUAUGGCGCCAAAGACUCGUCAAGUACAUAAACCUUUCACAUGGGCCUGGUCGCGGCUGUACGGACCCCGAAUCAUGGCGCUUCCGGUUUCUGAGAGAAUCUUGCCGAAAAAAUGACGCUUUCUGCCUAGUCCUUUAUCAGUUUCAUUGCCUUUGGUCAACAAACCGGGACUUUCUUCUGAGCAUAUUGCCGCCUUCCAGCCAUGAAUAUCUCGGCCCGACAUUUGAGGCCCUGGUUGCUGUCCUAGGGCCCAAUAGAGGUAUUCGACAACGGUUUUUGACGUGGCUUGCCUGCUUUCCAUUCGAUUUUGACAUCGUCGCUCAAGACGACCCAUCUUUCUGCGAAAUGUCAAGUCGUGUAGUGAGAUUCCUGACCUCCGUUGCCGAGCACUGGUCCGGAUGGCUUACUCAUAUUCGUGACAGGCGAUAUCCCUUCAUGUCACACGAGUUGAGGGACAACUUCCACUUGACGUCACCAGACAUACAGUUCCUUAUGUGUUAUCAUAGCUGGACACUGAUCGGGCCUUGGAAUAUGCUUAACAACGCAAAUUUCUCCAAUGUCUUCGACAACGAUUGGAGAAAUGAGAUGCAUUGGCUAGGGCAUCGCAAUCAGCAACAUGUGCAUGAGGCGCGGGACAUCAUAAGACGGCAGUACAUCGCCGUGGCAAACCUCGGAGUCCCCGAAACCGACGUUCCCAUGGCAGCCUCUGGCCUCACAGCGGCACAGAAUCCGUCAAGCCCCGUCGCGAAUGUCAACCAGAGCUACGAUCCAGCAGUGCUACCAGUGACUUCAGGACCUUCCGUCAGCUCACGUCCACUUCACAACGCACCCUAUCCAGGGGCGCAAUUUGUCCAGGGCUACCGAUCAAGCGUUCCUGGGCACCUCGUUCAGCAGCGUCCACUCGAAGUAGGGCGCGAACCAAACCGGGGCCCAAUAUCUGGGCAACAGCGCUUCGUGCAAAGCGCGCGUGCCAAUGCAAAUCAGCCUCAGUUCGGACCACUGGUCCUCCGACCAGCCACUCGGGUAGAUAAAAGCCGCCGCUACCCAUCGGAGCGACAGACACAGAAUAAAUUUGCGGCAAACAUGCAAGCCGAAAUGGCAGGAGAGCAAAGUGCCGCUCCAGGAGGGGCCGAAUGGCCUCGGAACCAGAAUGAUUUCACUUCUGUCCGUGCCGGAGGACCUGAGAACAAAUUAUACCACUAUGUUGUUGACUUUGCCGUCAAGCCAACGCUCCUUUCUCCGCAAAGUUGGAAUCAAAGUUUUGAGUUCGAAGUGAUGCCUGCGGACAUGUCACUGCGGUAUCGACUUAGACUUUGCGCAUGGCUUCCAACGGACAGAGAAAUCCACAUGGUCGACUGGGCUUCAUCAGAUUGCGUCUGGCCACCAGAAAUUUACAUCGAGUUGAAUGGCGAAGCCGUGAUUCUUCGAAGGGCGAAGGAUUUUCGUCAAGAUGUUCCAGCAGAGCUCACUGAUAUGAUACGACAAGGGUCAAACGUGGUGAAAAUAAGCUUGCCCCAGGAUCCCGAGAAACAUGAGGGGGAAAUGCCAACAUUUCAUUUCGCCAUUGAGAUAAUAGCAACCAGGAAUCUCACACAGACUUUGAGGAUGGUGUUUGAGAAGCCGGCUGUUUCUGCUGUGGAGACGGAGAAGCAGAUAUGGAGGAGGCUUAUCGACCGUGACGACGACGUCACUGUGUCCAUAUCGUUGAGGGAUCCAUUCAGCGCCGAAAUGGUCAAGACGCCUGUUCGAGGACUCCAUUGCACGCAUAGCGAAUGCCUUGAUUUGCAAACAUGGCUGCUAACACGCCAUGGAAGACAUUCGAGGAGCACCACGGAAAUCGCGCCUACAGAUGGAUGGAAAUGCCCCAUGUGCGGCAAAUAUGCGGGGCCUCAGUGCCUUGGUCUCGACUCGUACUUUCUUCACGUCGCAGGAACACUACUCGACCUUGGGAAGGGACAAACGACGCGCAUUUCAGUCGGCAAGGAUGGAUCUUGGGCUCCCUUUGAAGAGGCAAGGGGCAAUAAUCAUCAUCAGGCUUCUGUGGCACAAUCGCAGCAAAGUGGGGGCGGUGGCCAGCUUUAUUGA